UCGGCCGUUUGGGAAUACAGUUUUUUUCGUGUACUGAAUAGCGCACACACUUUUCAAAAUGGCUGACAGCUUGGAUAUGGUUAACAGAGACCCCAACAACCUCAAUGACCACAUAAAGGUCAAAUUCGAGGAUGUUCUCGGAGAACCUGAAGGCGCACACUCGAUCGACUGCGUCUGGAAGCUGGCGUACACGUGCUUUUCGUGCUGGCUUGGACUCUGUUACAAGAUUUCCACCUUAUUAUGCGGAAUCUGUAUCGCCGCCGAGUGGGGCUGCGAGUUCGCCGAAGUCGCCUUCUACCAUGUCUGGUUCAUCACCCCGAUGUUGAAGAUGUGCGAGAUGAACUGCGCCGUCUGCACGAAGCUCAUGCGCACGUGCCUGUCUUGCUGCGUCGAGCCGUGCUGCGAAGCGUGCGGAGCCCUGUUCCACAAGUUCAAGAAAUAAAUAUAUACGUUUAUCACAUGUGACUUAUACUGUACUUUUCUUCAAUAAUAGAAUUGCUAGUUACAUUUGUUUGUUUCGAAGUCUAAGAAGAUUUCCC